CAGCCUUGUAUCGGAGAAUUGCUAGAAUAGUGUAGUUGGAAAGUGAUCAAUCCAUUGAGUUUCUUGAAACCGAGAGAUGCCUUCGCAUGUGAAAUUACAAACCGGAUAAUUAAUAAACAGACAAAAGGUGGCCAAUCCUGAAUCCACUCAUGUUAACAGAAGUAGAGACAUUACAACUGGAGAAAACGGCCAUGAAAAUUACCAAUUUUGGUUUCUCUUCAGUCGCAGGCGCUCCGAACAGUAGAAAUAAAUUAGGGAUUUUAUCGUCGGAAGAACUCUCUGAAUAAUAUCAUGAAAACUUUAAUUUAAAAAGGUUAAGCACCAAGUUGGUAUGUUAUAAGUGUUCAAUGGCUUGUUUUGUGUGUUUAUGGCCAUAAAUAGACAUGUGAAUGUUUCAAUUAAUUACGUAAACAAUAUCACACACGCAGUCAAAUUGUCUCUUAAUGUGUAAUUCUAUGACUAAUAUAAGUGUGUACAUCUUACUUCAAACAUAUUGAUCCUAUCAGCAGGAACGUUCUUGAAGGUACAAGUUAACGACCUGUGGAUGUUAUUCGUUCGGAGUAAACGUGCUAAUUUAGAGGAUCGGGGCUACAUAUAUAAGUAUUCGAAUCAUUAUCUCAGAUGCAUCUUGAGGAAAGACCGGGCAUCACCACAGCAAUGGAGAAAACUACAACUGAUGCCACAACGAUUGGCUAUGGAUCUACAGGAAUAUACCUUAACUUUGCCAACAUGUCAUUCGAAGAAAUUCAAAGGCGACUAGACAAUUUCAGUCAAGAACAACCCGAAAAUUUGGAUAUUUUGCAGGACCAAAAAUGGAGAAUUGCUACAGUAGUGAUUUAUAGUAUUGUGAUUCUGUUCGGAUUCCUGGAAAAUAUGGUUAUCGUGUUUGUUCUCAUAAAACAUCAGCACCUGCAUGUGCCAACGAACAUCUUCAUCCUUGGACUGGCAGCCUCCGAUAUUCUGUUGUGUGUGUUCAACUUGCCGUUUCAGCUUCAUUACCAACUCACUAACCAGUGGGCAUUUGGAAAAGCGCUGUGCAAAGUUGUAAUGCCCACUUAUGGUAUACCGGUGUUCGUCUCCACCAUGUCGAUUCUAAUGAUUGCCAUUGACCGAUACAUUCUCAUAGUUCAUCCAUUCCGCAAACGCAUGACAUCUCAAAUGGCUGUUGGGCUAGUUGUCUCCAUUGCUACACUUGCUGUUGUACUGACGGUUCCACUUAUCGUUCAAAUGGAGUACACAGUAAUUGACUUUCCUGAACUUAAGAUUUAUCAAACAUACUGCUCUGAAAUGUGGACAAGUUUAAAACUUCGCCAUGCCUACACAGUUUCAAUCCUAGUUGUUCAGUAUUUUAUGCCCUUAAUUGUGACAUCAUUCUUAUACAUAAGAAUUGGUAAUGUUUUAACACGGAGGCCGAUCAAAAAGAAGGAAAAACGGCAUAAACACAAAACGAACAAAAUUUUAAUUGCCAUAGUUUUAUUUUAUGCGAUAUGCUGGACUCCCUGGACAAUGCUUGCACUUAUGUUGGAGUUUUAUCCAAACAUUAUUCCUGGAAGUCAUAUAAAACUAUUUGAUCUUCUUUUAAAAAUAUUCGCAAUGGGGUCGGCGUGUAUAAAUCCUUUCAUGUACGGAUGGCUUAAUGAUAAUUUCCGAAAGGAGUUUAACAUACUGAUGCGAAGACAAAGCAGAAGUCGUGUUAGAACAAAUGGAAAUACAUACAAUUUGGCGGAACAUUCCAGAAUUGAACCCGUGUUUGACGCGAAUAAAUGUCCAGCGUCCAUAGUGUAAUGUUUAAGGAUCGUUGUUAUACCUUGACUGGUUUUGAAGCGUGUUUUAUAUCUGUAACAUUAUCACAUGUUGUUUAAUUCAUUAUAUUAUCAUUUUUAUAGGGACAUGCAAGCAUUGACAAUUAUUUUUGAGUAAAAUUUGUUUCUAUAAAAACAAUAUUUUGGAACAAUAAAAAUUUGUUCUUGACUGCUGUUUCUAAAAAAAAAAAAAUUGUUCGCCAGUUUAUUUUUUUAAUGAUUUCACAAAUUAAUAAUUGUGUAGCUAUAUGAAUACCCUUUUUAAAUUGUGAAUCAACUCUACGACCAUGCCCAGAACUUUUAAAUACAUUGUGAUAUGUAAUGUGUGUAUAAACAAUGUACAAUUCCAAUACAACGUCGAUGUUA